CUUAAGUGUAUGUGUACAACUAGAAUUACUAAGACCGUGUUGAGAGUGAGAUCCAAUGAAGUUUACGGUCUUUGGCCUAGAAUAGUCCAGAGACCGUACUCUGGUUUACGUGUAAAUCUAUGGCAUAGACUAGAUCUAUAAAGAGCAGCUCUAUGAUCUAUGGUCGUUACGGAUGGUUGAGCGUUCCCGCCUUUAGGAUGACCCACUCUAUGACCGGCCAUGACCCGGCCAUGACCUCAAUCCAUGUUGUUUGUUGUCCAAAGCAAAGGUAGCCUUCGCUAGAAGAAAGUAGAAAGUGGAAGUAGGCAGGCCUGGAAAGCAUCCGCCUACUCGCCUACAGAUGCAGCGUGGACGUAUUGGUAUUGACUGCACGUGUUGAUGUAAGGUGUCAGUUUUUAAAAAUAUGAGUUAAAGAGUUGGAUGGUACUUGGUAUAUAAAGCCAACUGCCCCUGCAUCCCAGUUAGACUGAGAUACGACGACAACAGCGCAUGUGAAGAUGAAGUUUGACGAUGUUCUCGAACACCAUGUGGGUGAAUUCGGCCCGUACCAGAAAUGGAUCUACUUUCUGGCUUGCAUACCAGCAGUGGCGGGUGCUUUUAUGUCUCUCAUGCCAGUGUUUAUCCUCGCCAAGCCGGAUUUCAGAUGCAAACUUCCUUUCAUCGAAAAUGACACCUAUCACUUCCAGUCUGAGUACCACGAAAGACUGGUCAACGCAUCGGUCCCCAUUGACACGAACAUAUUCGGGGAGUUGCAGUUUGCAGAGUGUCAGUUAUUUGACCAUGGGAAUGCAAGUGCCAACGGAAUUUUGAACUCUAGCCUCAGUUCUAAUUCCUCUCGUACCUUUUGCGAUGACUGGGUGUACGAUAACUCUGUGCAUAUCACAGCCAUUUCCGACUACGACAUGGUGUGUGAGAAUGAGAUCUUGGUGUCUCACUUCAAGAUGAUAGCCUUCAUCGGUGGCCUCAUUGGAGCUUUUGUGAAUGGAAUUCUGUCCGACCUAUUUGGUCGGAAGAGAGUGUUCCUGUGCUGUCUCGCAUUUUACACCCUUGCGACUGUCGUGCUCAUCUUUUCUCCCAACUACCUUGUCUUCCUGGCUAUGAGAUUCUUCCAAGGUGUAUUUGGAAGUGGCGUCUUUAUGAUUUCAUUCGUGUACGAUUUGCCCUGAACAUGUGCUACUACGGCAUCAGCCUGAACGUAGAACACCUGAGUGGCAACCUGUACCUGAGCUAUACACUCAGCAGCGUCGUGGAGACGGUGGCCAUCAUCGUCAUCCUGUGCUUCAUCAAGAAGUUUGGGAGGAAGCCGCUCUACUGCUGCAGCAUGAUGCUGGGAUCUCUGGGCUUUCUUCUGUCGGCUUUCCCUAUUUACCUCGGCUCUGAGAGUGAUCAGAAAUAUUCCCUUGGCUUGGUUAUGGUGGGAAAGUUUGGCACGUCGGCGGCCUUCGCUGUGAUGUACGUGUACGGCUGUGAGUUGUUCCCCACCAGCAUCCGUAACUCUGCCAUGGGAAUCAGCUUCGUUGUCGAACUUCUCGGAGGAGUUGUGUCCCCAUACAUUGUGGACCUGGGUAAACUUAUAGGCGCUGAGAGCGCUGCUGCUUUCCCCAUGUUGGUGUUUGGAGCUGUGUCUUUCGCCGCUGCCCUUUUGUCGCUGGUGCUGCCCGAGACGAGGAACCGGCAGCUGCCUGAGACGGUGGAGGAUGCGGUGCGCUUUGGUCACCUGGAUAUUCUCUAAACCUGUCCGUACGUCGUGUUUUACUGUCGUAUCCAUACGACGUGGGAAACUCUGUGACACCACUUAACCCUAUCAC